UUUACCAGUUAACGUUUUUCGAUGUUGUGAGACUCAGACACCAGGCUUCCAGAUGUCAUGAAACUAUGUGACUAUUGUGGAGAUGAAAUACAGCCAAAUUCACCAGGUGUAAAUGUGUACAACAAGGAUGUGGACGUGCGUUAUGUGACAAAGCAGGAUUGUAUACCAGUUGGUUUUAAGUGCGUCGAUGUAUGUGUCAAAGGGGACAAAAUCACAUACCUGAAAGAAGGGAGCUCAUUACCGAAAGGUUUUGACUACGUAACUGUUUCUGUCAUAGGUCGAGACGUAGUAUAUGCAAGGAACCAGAACUUAAUGCCAGAAGGUUUUGAACAAGUCACUGUGUACACCAGGAAUAGGGAAGUAAAAUACGCAAGACAAGGUGACAGCCCCCCAACAGGCUUUGAUCGGGUUUCAACCUAUGCAAAGAACGAAGAAAUAAAGUAUGGGAAAGAAAGUGAUUUUACUCCAGUAGGAUUUGAACAAGUGACUGUCUGUGUGAAAACAGAAGACAUAUUAUACACAAGGCAAGCAGAGCAUAAUCGAAAAGGUUAUGAGCCCGCGGCAAUAUAUGUGAAAGAUAAGGACAUAGUACAUGCAAAGUGUCGCCAAGUAAAAGGAGCAUUUCACACAGAGUGCCUGAAUAACUAUAUUCCACGGUGUGAGGAGGCAACUUGUAAAUUCCUGGAAAGAGCUUCACCAAAAAGCAAUGUCUUGUCUAUCGGGAUUCAUGUCAAGUACUUAUUUGGAAAAGGGACAGUAAACAAAGAGCAGAGAAGAAGAAAAAAGGAGAAGAGAGAUCGUAAAGCUAUUGAGUUACUGAGAAAAGUAUCGGCUCUGCGGAAUUCCAACUCUGGAUAUAUACUUAUUCAUCUUGUUGGCCUGGCACCUGGAGAUACUUUCACUGGCGCAUUUGAUGAGUUUGCUGACGAAAGACUUCGCGAUUUGAUUCAAGAUGACAAACAGUUUAGUGAUGUUUACAAGAAACAGGCACUGAGCAGUUGUUAUGCUUGUCAUGACUUUGGCGACUUUCUCGUGCUGUAUGUUGGAGCUUCGUCAAAUGUAACAACUUCUAAAUUCAAUACGAAAACAACACUCGAUGACCGCAUCGAAGAUAUUCGUGCAGAAACGCUCAAAACAUUCGUUAGAGAGCGAAAACCCGUAAGCGAAACAUUCCAUACACUUCCUGGUGUGACCCGGGCACAUCACCUUCAGAAUGUGCACGAAAACAGAUCAAUUCAAAUGAAAAGUCACUUUUCUCAAAAGAAAGAUGGUCGAGCAAUAGCAGAGGACAUCAUCAAGAAUCAUAAACUUGCAGAAUAUAUCAGCGCAUUUACUAAAACUGAAUGUGGUGGUUCCUUUCUUUAUGGCGUCAAUGAGGAAACUACUCUCAAGAAGGGAUAUGGUUAUGAGACUAAAGAAAACCGCAUCCAACCAGUCAUCCUGAAGGACAGAACCGUUUUCGGGGACACUUUAGGGGAUAACAUCAAGAAUACUGUCCUGGUCUGUGACUAUGAUGGAAAUGAACUAUGCCCAGAUCCAAAUAUUUUCCAAAUUCAUUUUAUUCCUUGUACACCAGCGGAGAAAUUAGUGUAUCGGCGAAACAGUGGAGAACCUGUACAUGAUGGACAUGGUGAUGAAGAUGCUGUAGUUGUUCAUGUUGCUGUCAGACCAGUGAGUGGGAUAGUGUUCCAUGACAAACAAGGACCGCUUGCAUAUAGAUAUGACAGACAAUUCAAACUGAUCACACGGAUAGAUAUCAAGGACUGGGUACGUGCCCUCACAAAACGGAGAGUAACUCAGCAGUAAACUGCUGUAACACACGACGGCAGGAUGUGGAAGCUUCUGCAAAAUACCACAGAGGAGGACGAGCAGGAUCUUUAUCUUGGGACAAAUGACAUCUUUCGUCCUGACCUGAAACAGAUUAGAAACAGUCUCUUUGAAAUCAGAAGUUACUUUAUUGAAAAGGAUGGCCAGAGUAUUGCACCAACAAAACUGAGGACCCCUUUAGCACAAGUGAAAGAACGACUCUUGGAACACAUAGAAAAUCAUGCAUACGACUUUGUUUUUGAUCAUCUCACCAAUGAAGUAGUAGAUCUCCCAAACCCAAAGACUGGACCAUGCUUUAUGUUCUUAUCUCAUUCUUUAGCAGUUACCUUAGAUUUCUACACAUCGCCCCGUCCAAGCAACGCGGUAUGUGAUGUAUUCCUGGCUCUGCCUACACAGUCUGUGAUAGUUUUGUCACUGGUUGAUGGGAAUGAAGACUGUCCUGAAGCAGUGACAUACAGUAUGUCAGUGGCGAGAGGAGUGAUAGAGACACUUAGCAGGUUCACUGAUGAGGAUGUCAACUCAAUCCAUGGAGUCAUUCCCAUUUCUCUCCUUGAGGACACUGUUGGAUUUAAGAAUCGAUUGAAGAAGCUGGCAAAUGAGUCUUCUCAUUUUGUCACAAACGAUUCUUUGGUAAUGACUCCCAGUAGGUAUGAGAAAGUCCUGACUGCUUUCUGGGCUGGUGUUGCUGAAACGAAGUCGGUGCUGAAAGCAGAAAGUGGAGACACCGAUGGCGACUAUCUGAGAUUUCUCACCAAAGAACAAUGUAUCAUUCUGGUGGAGAACAUCAACAGUAAGGACGUCGAGGUGAAGUGUAUGCCCGGUAGUGGAGCUACGACUCUGAUGCUGGAGGUGGCCAGGAGACUGAACAGACUGGGGGACACUCUGCUUGUAUGUAGGUCACGACAGGAGAGGGACAGGCUCAGGUCGGUGUACCCAUCAGCUGUAGCAGCAGAGGAUCUCAGUAUGGUGGACAUGUCUUCUUGUGUGAAUAUAGUCGAUGAAACCAACACAGUCAUGGAACAAACAAGCGGCCACAAUUGGCGGUUUACAACCUAUCCAACUGCUGUAAAAGAACUGAAGUCCCAACUGUUGGAGGUAGAAAUGCAAAAUACCACAGAGGAGGACGAGCAGGAUCUUUAUCUUGGGACAAAUGACAUCUUUCGUCCUGACCUGAAACAGAUUGGAAACAGCCUCUUUGAAAUCAGAAGUUACUUUAUUGAAAAGGAUGGCCAGAGUAUUGCACCAACAAAACUGAGGACCCCUUUAGCACAAGUGAAAGAACGACUCUUGGAACACAUAGAAAAUCAUGCAUACGACUUUGUUUUUGAUCAUCUCACCAAUGAAGUAGUAGAUCUCCCAAACCCAAAGACUGGACCAUGCUUUAUGUUCUUAUCUCAUUCUUUAGCAGUUGCGUUAGAUUUCUACACAUCGCCCCGUCCAAGCAACGCGGUAUGUGAUGUAUUCCUGGCUCUGCCUACACAGUCUGUGAUAGUUUUGUCACUGGUUGAUGGGAAUGAAGACUGUCCUGAAGCAGUGACAUACAGUUUGUCAGUGGCGAGAGGAGUGAUAGAGACACUUAGCAGGUUCACUGAUGAGGAUGUCAACUCAAUCCAUGGAGUCAUUCCCAUUUCUCUCCUUGAGGACACUGUUGGAUUUAAGAAUCGAUUGAAGAAGCUGGCAAAUGAGUCUUCUCAUUUUGUCACAAACGAUUCUUUGGUAAUGACUCCCAGUAGGUAUGAAAAAGUCCUGACUGCUUUCUGGGCUGGUGUUGCUGAAACGAAGUCGGUGCUGAAAGCAGAAAGAGGAGACACCGAUGGCGACUAUUUGAGAUUUCUCACCAAAGAACAAUGUAUCAUUCUGGUGGAGAACAUCAACAGUAAGGACGUCGAGGUGAAGUGUAUGCCCGGUAGUGGAGCUACGACUCUGAUGCUGGAGGUGGCCAGGAGACUGAACAGACUGGGGGACACUCUGCUUGUAUGUAGGUCACGACAGGAGAGGGACAGGCUCAGGUCGGUGUACCCAUCAGCUGUAGCAGCAGAGGAUCUCAGUAUGGUGGACAUGUCUUCUUGUGUGAAUAUAGUCGAUGAAACCAACACAGUCAUGGAACAAACAAGCGGCCACAAUUGGCGGUUUACAACCUAUCCAGCUGCUGUAAAAGAACUGAAGUCCCAACCACUGGAGCCAGAAAUAGUCGAUGAAACCAACACAGUCAUGGAACAAACAAGCGGCCACAAUUGGCGGUUUACAACCUAUCUAACUGGUAUCAAGGAACUGAAGUCCCAAAUAUUUGACGCAGAAAUGGAAAUCGAAGGGAUGGAGAAACAAAUAGAUGCAUUAUCUGAUGAAUCCUGGAAGGAACGGAUUGAAGAACUCCUCAGGGACUUCAGUGUGCUGAAAAUACUUAGUUUCAAGCUGGGUUCAACAGGACCUAUGCCCUAUGCUCAAGAAGUACGCCAUACUCUGGAAUACAAGCCAAGUCUCCUCACAGCAAGCAAAGGUCAGUAUGCAUCUUUUGGUGGUUUCAAGCAACUGUCUGUUACACAAGAGGCUUGGUUGUCAGACUUACAUGACGGACUAAGACAAAGGAAAAAUCUUGCCCCGCUUCUCAGAUCGGUCAUAAUCCAAGAGAAAACGGAUCAGUUCUAUCAAGACGUUAAAAAUGUUCUCUUGAGAGAAGCUUUGGAGAUAAAGACACAUGCAGAAUCUACAGGUUCAAAACAUAUAGUUGCGAUGAUUGGCCAUGUUCAAAGUCCUGACAUUCAACAACAAAUGGAGAUGUUCCACAUUGAGCCAGAGAAUGCAAGAAAGGAAUCUGAGAUCCCAUCUGUACGGAAGGAAGGUAGCCAGAUAAAUGAUUUGGAAACUGAGGUGCAGAACACAGAUGCAAAAGAUCUGGAGAGUCGUAGAAGCGAGAUCGAAAAGGUUAAUCAAGAUCUGAACAGUUGUCUGAAGGACAGGGACCAUAGAAAAAGACAACUCCACGAAUUAUACACGGUGGAGUGGCAGGCUGUGAUGGGGUACCUGGCGAGACACGCGACCGUCUUAUCGUUGUUAGACAUGGAGAUACCAAGGUUUGGAGUCUUUCAGAGUACACCAGACAGGCAUGAAUCAACCAUCCCUCGACGUGCAACUGGAGUGCCAGGAACAUCAGCAGUAUCCACACCAGGUCGUGGUGGGGCUGGGAAACAGACAGGGACUUCGAAAGGGAAAGAGCAAAGACUUCACAUCUCCCGUUCAACAGCAUCACAAUCUGACAACGAUGGAGCAGAACAAAGACACACAAGAGCUCCAGGUCUGAUGAACCAGCUCAGACAAUUCCAGCAGGGUCGACUGACAGAGAAACACCUGUGUGCCAUUACAAUGAAGAUCAUCAGAGAAGACGAACAGCAACUCAUGGAACUGAAUGCAAACAAUGACUGUCUGGAAAAAGAUUAUGGAAGCAGUGUACACGUUGUUGGCCUGACACGACGACCUCUUCUGGUUUCAUGUCCUAAACUCCACCUGGACGCGGCUCGGGCGAACACUGACUGGUGCCACGUAACUACAGACGGUCAGCUAGUUAACUCGCCGCCCGACACACGGGAUGUGGGGCAGAACAGACUACAGAAGUACAGGGGGACCUGUAGCUCCCCCAUCCCCCUUCCUCCAUCCUCCUCCACCCUCACACCUCUACCCACCAUCCCCAGAUACUGGGAGACAGAAACCUGGGUGAGGGUGGAUGAUGAGCUGUACCCGACAGUCCUGGAGAUGGGACUCUGUGAGGCAGGACGGGUGGACAGUGGGUGGUAUGUUUCUGUACAGCGCCGCUCCUGGUGUGUCCGUGUAGAGAGAUGUGUCAGACACGGGGAGAGGAUCUGUACCACGGUGUGUAGGGAGGGGGAGUGGGGCGAGUGUCACCAGAACACCAUGUCCCUCACUCCCGGCACACAGGCCACCCUCCACUAUGGCGUUGUACUGGAUGUGGGGAGGGGACGAGUGGCAUUCAUUGACCUGGACAGACAGGUUGUUGUAGUCAAGUAUAAUGUUGAGUUCAGUGAGCCACUCGUCCCCAUGUUCGGUGUUGGGUCGCGGUAUUCUGGCCACACUACGUCCAUGAGUCUGAUCAGCGGGGAAGACAUCGACAUGACUGACACAAAGAAGACUCUCAUCUACCAAGCGCUGGAAUAGAAAAUUAACUGGCCAUGAAACUGUGAAAUCGGCCAUGAGACUGUGUGAAGUCAGCCAUGAGGUUGUGUGAAGUUAUCUGUGUAACGGAGAUAUUUCUAUCAACUGUUUCAAGGAAAGUGAGUGAAGCGGACAUAGAAGGGUUCGGUUUGUGUUCUGUUUGUUGUGUACAAAAUACAACCAAGUUCUUCGGAUGUCUGCUUUCACCACUUUCCUGGGUUCUCCUGAGACUGGAAAACAUUUUAAAUACUCACAUGAAUAUUAGCAUGAUGAAACUAUUGCUGUAGACGAUGUAAUUGUCCGACAGUAAAUGAUUCUAAUGACGUGUGAUGCAAGUCAAGGGACACAGAAGAAGUGAACACACAAAAUGUAAAAAUUGUUUCAAAACCA